UACACACAGGUAUGAUGAUGCGUGUCUUGCUCCUGGCUCUGCUGCUCUCUCAGGUUUACUGUGAUAUGGAUUUAGACGGCUACUGGAUGUCCUGGAAAACUGAAUUUAAUAAAAACUACAGCAGUGUGAGAGAGGAAUCAUACAGGAGAGCAAUUUGGGAGCAGAAGGUUUUGGAAGUCAGGAAGCACAAUGAAGAAGCUGCAGCAGGACAACACACCUUUACCAUUGGGAUCAAUCACCUAUCAGACAUGACAACAGAAGAAAUCAAUGCUAAGUUGAAUGGUCUAAGGUUGGAGAAUUUUUCUCCUGUGGAUAAUGAUGAGAAUUCCACCUUUCUGAGUGGUUUCCCCCUCCCUCCCAGUGUGAACUGGACUGAGGAUGGAUUUGUCACCCCCGUGCAGAACCAGGGUGACUGUGAUGCAUGCUGGGCGUUCAGUGCAGUUGGAGCUUUAGAAGCUCAAAUGAAAAUGAAGAAGGGUCGACUGGUUCACCUGAGUGUUCAGAAUCUGGUGGACUGCAGUAAAGAGGAGGGAAACCAUGGCUGCUCUGGAGGACUUAUGACUAAUGCUUUUACCUAUAUUGUAAACCAGCGAGGAAUCAGCCAGGAUUCUGACUACCCUUAUGAAGAAAAGGAGGGAUAUUGCCGUCCUUAUCCUAAACAUGCACACUGUUCUGGUUUCCGAGUUCUUCGACAAAAUGAUGAGUUUGAGCUGCAGAAGGUGGUCGCUAACAUCGGACCGGUUGCCGUGGGAAUUAAUGCUGCAUGUAUUCACCAAUACCAGAGCGGUAUUCACUACAACUGUUCAUGCUCUCCUCAUCCAUUAAAUCAUGCUGUCCUGGUGGUCGGGUAUGGAACAGAAAAUGGGCAGCAGUACUGGCUGAUUAAAAACAGUUGGGGUACUAAGUGGGGCGAGGGAGGUUAUUUACGCCUGCAGCGAAACAAGAACAACAUGUGUGGAAUCGGCAUCUAUAGUGUCGUCCCCACUGUCUGAGCUGAUUUGUUUGGCAGAGUUUUUGAAUGAACUGAAAUCCAGAAUUGCUUACAUUGUAAAAUAAAUAAUCCAA